AUGGCUCUGCAAACUCUUUUGCCAUAUUCCCUCCUCUUAGGUGCCGCGCUGGCGAACCCCCAUCUCAGUCGACGACAGGAUGGCCCUGUCGACCCUGGCACGGCGACAGAUUGUACCUGGUAUGACACUGCUCUCGACAAGACCUAUACGUGCCAGUGGUUCGAGUUCAACUGGGGAUUGUCCCACCAGGACUUUGUGUCCUACAAUCCCUCAGUCAAGGACGACUGCAGUGGCAUCAAGGUAGGUAACUCCUACUGCGUCGAGGUCAAUCAUGGCACGCCUCGUCCGACCACCACCACCCCAACUAGCACGGCCACGCCGAAGCCCUCUCCGACGCAGGACGGUCUGAUUGACACCUGCACGACCUUCUACAUGGCCGUAGCAGGUGACACGUGCGACAAGAUUGUCGCCAAGUACGGUACCUUCACGUCAGCUGAAUUCCUCUCAUGGAAUCCUGCUGUCGGCGCGGACUGCAGUGGCCUCUGGGCAAAGACAUACUACUGCGUCGGCAUUCCCGGCACGCCAACCACCAAGCCUUCAACCACGGCGGUUCCGACAGGUGUCCCCUCGCCCACGCAAUCGGGCCUCAUCUCCACAUGCAACAACUUCUACAUGGCUGUAGCAGGUGACACGUGUGACAAGAUUGUCGCCAAGUACGGCACCUUCACGUCGGCUGAAUUCCUCUCAUGGAAUCCUGCUGUCGGCGCGGACUGCAGUGGCCUCCAGGCAAAAACAUACUACUGCGUGGGUGUCCCCGGUACUCCAACAACUAAGCCGACCACCACCCCAACAACAACUCCCACUGGGCCGUCGCCGACGCAGACAGGCAUCAUCUCCACCUGCACUCAGUACCACAAGGCUGUGGAUGGUGAGGACUGCGCGGGACUCGUGAAGCAAUACGGCACCUUCACGCUGGACCAGUUCCUGUCCUGGAACCAUGCCGUGGGAGCCGACUGCAGUGGCUUCUGGCUAGGAUAUUACUACUGCGUCGGUGUGCCUGGUACUCCAACAACUAAUCCGACCACCACCCCAACAACAACUCCCACUGGGCCGUCGCCAACACAGACAGGCAUCAUCUCCACCUGCACCCAGUACCACAAGGCUGUGAAUGGUGACGACUGUGCAGGACUCGUGAAGCAAUACGGCACCUUCACACUGGACCAGUUCCUGUCCUGGAACCAUGCCGUGGGAGCCGACUGCAGUGGCUUCUGGCUGGGGUAUUACUAUUGUGUUGGGGUCCCUGGAACACCGACUAAGCCCCCCACGACAACCACCGCAGCCGGCUGCGCGAAUGCGCCGACGCCGACCCAGCCUGGCGCCAUUUGCGCAUGUAACAAAUGGCACAAGGUGGCUAAUGGCGAUGAUUGCGUCACCAUCGAGAAGCAGUACGGCAUCAGCGCGGCCAACUUCAAUAAGUGGAACCCGCAGGUGGGAACGAGCUGCUCAACUCUUUGGCUGGGGUACAAUGUCUGUGUAGGCGCGUAA